AUGACGAACAAAUCUCGUAAGACAACAAAGAAGGGCAUGCGGACCUCGACGGAGGUGGCCGCCGCUGCUCCUACGCACAACAACGUGCCGAAGACUACGGAGAUCUGGGAAGCCAUUGGUGAGCUCCCCACUCCGUACUCUCUCCCUCCAGCCGAGCCCCUCCCGGCUCGGCGCAUCCCGAAGAACCCCAUCGUCGCUGCUGCGAGCGACACAGCUCUCAGCGCAAAAUGGGGUAUGGCCGACUAUGAGUGGCUCGUCGACACUGGAGGUUCUCGACGAGUCACUCGUACCUAUGCCCACGCUGUCCGCGACAAGUCAAGCGACGGUGUGCUUCCGAGGGAUGAUGAGAGCGCUAGCAACAGCGGCGGAGUCGCGUUGAGUGACGGCCUCACGACGAGGACCACUCACGAGGCUUACAAGAACACCCUGCAGGAGCUAGAUAAGGAGGAGCGCCCUGUUGGCUGCCCCCUGGAGGUCACGCUGCGCGUGAAAGAUGGCUGCGUGUUACAUCCCGUGCGCCCAACCUCUGAACCCCCGGUGCCAACUUACGAACCUCCGUACGAACUACCGGUUUCCGACCCUAUUCCGACUUCUUCCAUUUAG